GGUGAAGCAGCUGAUGGAGAUGGAGCCGCCGCCGCCCCUGAGCGCCCGGGUCCCGCCUCCGGCCCGGUUGCGGCCGGCUCAGUGACCCCACUCCCCCCGCACUGGGCCGCCCGGGCCAGAGUGGGGGACCCCCGCCGCCCCGCCCCCUUCUCCCCCAAUACCUUACCCUCUCCCUCUCCCACCCAGCCUGCGCGCGCGCGGAGCUCCCUCAGUCUACGUGGGGAGGCCAGGGAAGCACAAAGAACAAGAGAAAAGAUGCAUCCAACUGAGAGCUAAAAGGAGACAAUGAGGUGAUAUUUUCCCACUGCCCAGGUGUUGUGUUUCCAGCUCUUACCCCUUCUUAUUUUAGAGACUGGCCAUUCCUAGGGUGACCUGGGAAUUCAUCCCUCCACACUGCUCCCCAAGCACUUGGAUAACAAAGCUGAGCUGUCCUCAUCUGUGUUAUAAGUAAACAGGUCACUAUCUACAACCUGGUGAAAAUGAAUCAGAUCCUUCUGCUGUAAAUACAGACACAUAAGCUGAGAAAAGGUUGGUGGGUUUCCUUCAGAGGGCACUAGGUUGACCCUAAAGAUCACUUCAGAGCUGCAAAUCGCUCAAUGUCUAGGUCUGGUUCCUGGAAAGGGGCGUGUAGUCAGGUUGCAGACAAUACCUAAUUCCACCUCUUCUCUCAACCCUUUACCCUUUCCCCCUCCCCAGUUAUUCAAAGUCCUGAUAGAGAGCAGAGCCAGCUUUGUGAUUCCAACAUUUUUUUGGCUGAGAUUUCAUUCAGUUCAGGAAGGCACAGACAGGAGAGGAUGAUGCUUGGGUUUGGUCCACUUCUAGUACCUGCACUGCUCAAUCCCAGGCAGGUCGGAAGAUCUGUCUUGUUCAUAAUCACUGGGCAAAUAUCAUAUGAUAUUGCUUAUAUGUGGAAUCUAAAAAAAGCUACAAAUGGACUUAUCUACAAAACAGAAAUAGAGUUACAGAUGUAGAAAAUAAACUUAUCGUUACUGGGGGAGAGGGGUAAGGGAGGGGAGGGAUAAAUUGGAAGAUUGGGAUUGACACAUACACACUACUAUAUAUAAAAUAACUAAUAAGGACCUACUGUAUAGCACAGGGAACUCUACUCAAUACUCUGUAAUGGCCUAUAUGGGAAAAAAAUCUAAAAAAGAGUGGAUAUAUGUAUAACAGAUUCACUUUGCUGUACACCUGAAACUAACACAACAUUGUAAAUCAACUAUACCCCAGUAAAAAUUUUUUUUUAAAUCACUGGGCUCCACCUCAGAUCCCAGAUCCUAAGAGAGACCAGAGAAAAAAAUUUCCCCUCCUCCCUAUUGCAACCAAAAGGAUGGCAUGGAUCCUUGCCCCUCUCUCCACUUUCACCCUCUUUCCCAACAACAUCCUUCUCACUACCUUUCUACCCACUAAGCCACAUGGAGUGUGUUUUAAAUUCCAAUUUUGGAGUUUCACUGGAUCAAGCAGGAUUCUUUAGAGGAUUUGAAGAGCUUUAAUUACUUGUGAUGUCCAUAUUCUUUCAGGCUUUCAGAGCCACUACAUAGAGAAAACUUGACUUUCUGAUAUUUUUUUCACCAAUAGUUAGAGCUGUGGGAACAUUUUUGUGGAGAGGGGGAGAUGAGGGUUGUAGCUGAUGCCUGACCUUGGAAGUCAGACCUUGGAUUGGUCUCACCUGCUGCUUCUCAGGAAGUGUGGCGGGAAAUCUUCUGUCUGGAAGGGAUACCCAUUCCUGCCCAUUCCUGUUUAAAUGCGAUAUCAUGUUGAUGGAAGAAAGCCAGGGCCAUGGAGGAUUCUUAUUAUGGUGCCAGGUGCAUUCAAAAGAACAGGGAAGAAAGUCUUUGUCUCAGGUUACAAUGACCAGCCUUUCCUCCCUCCUCAUAAAAAUACUUCCUUUUGAAUUGGGAGGCUGGCUGUUUCUAGUUGCUUUGUAUUCAGCUCACUGAACUGAAUUUACAGUACAUAUGUGCCUGCGUCCAUCACUGAAUGGUGUCUGUGUUGCUCUAAAGCCAGUUUCCGUUUGAGAUCUUUGAACCAAACCUGUCUUGUGUCACUAACUUCUCCCUCUCUAUGCCUCCUCUCGCUGUGGUGUGUCUCCAGUUGGCACUGCCUAAUUUGACCCAGUUCCUCUAAGGAGACACUAAGAUCUUCCUGGCAGGCCAGGCAGGGGAGAAAGUUCUUUGAGGGGCAGGGAGUGGGAAGGUGCAGAGGGAUAUGCUGCCUGAAGACUUGAGCAAACAGUGAAGUCCAUCUCCUGAUGUGCUCCUGGCUCUCAGAAUACCAGGAUCGGGAACAGCAGAAUCUCAGUCCAGUCUCACUCCCAGAGCUACCAACUUGGCAUUUAGACCAGUUGGAGACAGCUAAAGACUGAUUUUGCCCAAGAUGUGUCAUGGAGCACCUGUUAAGAAAAAUUAAGAAACAGAAGAGCUCAGUUUACUUCUAGGAACAAAGUCCAACUCAGAAAACAACUCCUUCAGACCCUUCUGGAAAUUGUUUUGGGGCCAUUUGGGCAGGUGUCCAAGAAUGAGAUGCACUUCCUGAGCCAGUAUUCAGCAUAGCUGAAUGCUGUGCUUCAACUCUUCUGCUCACCUAGUGCUUGUCUAGCUCCCCGUUCAUACACACACAUGCGCGCGCGCGCGCACACACACACACACACACAAAAUCGCAUUAGGAUAUUUCUCCCCACAGAGCCUGCUCAAUUUGUUCUUACUUUUUUUUUUUUUAAUAAAUAAAUUUACUUAUUUAUUUAUUUUUGGCUGCGUUGGGUCUUCGUUGCUGCGCGCAGGCUUUCUCUAGUUGCAGUGACCGGGGGCUACUCUUUGUUGCGGUGUGUGGGCUUCUCAUCGUGGUGGCUUCUCUUGUUGUGGAGCACGGGCUCUAGGCACACGGGCUUCAGUAGUUGGGGCACACGGGCUCAGUAGUUGUGGCUCGCGGGUUCUAGAGCACAGGCUCAGUAGUUAUGGCACACAGGCUUUGUCGCUCCGCGGCAUGUGGGAUCUUCCCAGACCAGGGAUCAAACCCGUGUCCCCUGCAUUGGCAGGUGGAUUCUUAACCACUGUGCCACCAGGGAAGUCCCUGCUCUUACUUUUUAAGUAACAGACCCCACUCCCACGGGGAUCACACCAAAGGAAAAGAUGUUAGAACCAGGGAAAAGCAAGAAGAUCCAUGAAGGCCUUGAGUACCCUGGCUUUUGAAAGGAAGCACACCUCAGAGAGACAGGAGACUUGGGUUCUUUUCCUUGUUCCAGGCUCACUAUGAGCCCUGAGACAAGUCACUUAGCUGCUCUGAACCUCAGUUUCUCCAGAAAAUGGGGAAAAACCUACUCACUCUUGCUUCUCCUGCAUUGGGGUGGGGGGGGGUGGGAAGUCACGUGUGGCAUCUUGAGCUCUGCAAAAUCCCAAAGGGCAAUUAUGGAGCUAAUGAUUAAGAAAUGAAAGGGGCCCCAUGAGUACCAGACCGCGUUCCCUCAUAUUUCCAUCUCUGACCACCGCAAGUUCUAUGGCUAGUUCCAGAGGGUAUGAGUUCACUAACCACUGUGGACUUGGGCUCUUCUCAUCAUUGCCCCUAAGGGAACCUUCAAGGAACUGCUUCUUACUGUGACUUGGUCUAGCAGUCUGGUCCCAAAGCUCAGUCCAUCCCAGGGAGGAUGUCAAGAAAAGAGGAGUUGAAAAUAAACUUGGAGAAUUAUUUCUUCCACACCCAGGAGUCCUAGGUGAGACUAGAAAUCUCUCUAAUGAAAUCUAGGGAGAGCUGCUUUGCGAAGUGAAGGAGAGCCCGUGUGUCAGGCUUUCUUAUGAGACUUUUUAGAGUAUGAUGUCUCUCAGCACUAGACAAGAAUGACUUGGAGUGUGGUGAGAGGGAGACAGGGUGAUAGACACUUUUCCCCUGUGUGCCCUCCAGAGCCCCCAUCCCCAGCUCUAUCAAUAUAGUAUUACCAGCAAACCAGAUUUCCAUCCAUCUGCCUCAGUGAGAUCCUUCAAAGAGACCAAGAAUCCGGGUGGCAGCUCAGGCUGUUCCCUCGCCCCACUCUAGCUCCCCCAAAUCUGCCCCUGGGGUAUUUAUUUUUCAUAAGAUGACUGGUGAAAGCAAUUUUGGAUGUAUGUAAAUUUCUACCAAAUAGAAUUUUUUUUCUCCUCCCACAGGCUCCUGAGAUAAUUCAUUGCAACAAAUUAUCACUUUUAAUUAUCCUCAGUUUUGAUUGUUUAAUACUCUACUGCCAAUUACUGUUUGCCUUCCCUCAAAUAGACUAACUUGCAUUUUAAAUUCAGGUUCCCACCCCAACUCCCCUUUUAAAAAAAUAAACAUAGCAAAGUAAUUGACAAGAAGGGGGAAAACACUUAAAGGUUUAAUUUGACUAUUACAUCUUCAGUAGAGGAUUCCUCUCUGAACUUGAGGUGGGCUGCUCUCCUCUAUCUUCUACUUUCCUGUCCCCCUCCCUCCUUCCACCCAAAAAAGUAUCCCUUGAAUGACUGAAUCUAGCUUCUUCCUCCUAUUGCUACCCCAUCCUUAACAAGGUUUAGAGCCUCUGUGGGGUUGUUUCUUUGCCUCAUGAGAGCUGAGCUGUAAACUGUCUCCUUUCCUACACCAUCAGCUCCACUUACAGGGAGAGGGUCUACUCUCCAAACAACACGAUCAGGGACUGGUGUAGAAUAAGACAGUGUUUCCACCUGAGAGACUGGGGAAGCCUGCAGAAGUUGGAGGUUGGAGGAGACCCUGGGGUUUGUAAGUCAGGGUACAUCGUCUUUCUCUCCAGGACAAAGUAUGAGGUUUUGCUUCUUUAGGAUAGGGUCAGAGCACACUUAAGUGAUCCUUUAGGGUUCUUGCUAACUCCAGAAUGUUAGAGAGAAACCUACUCCCUUUCCAGAUCUGGCUUCUAAUAGUAGCUGUUUUCUCUUCCAGCAGAAUCUCUCUAAGAUGGACAUAGAAGACAGCAAUGGCCGCUCCUAUAUGUCUGUGGGACCAAUGGAGGAAUUAUGGGCAUGCGCUAAGGGAGAUAGCAAGAUGGGUCAGACACACAUAUGAGAGUCAUUGACAACACCUGCAUAAUGUCAAGGUAAGAAGUUGACUCUGACCCCUUUCUCAUUUAAGGAGGGAAGGCGUUGGAAUGGGUACAGGCAUUUGAUACCUGUUACAUGCUGGACAGAGUAACAGGGAUCAAGUGGACUGAUUUAGUUGAAAGAGACUUUAUUGGAACUAAAGUCAUGGCCUUUCUGAGGAGCCAGCCAGUCCUCCUACCUCCUGCUCAGUUAAGCCUAUUCAGAAAACCACUAUUGAGGAACACCUGUUCUCAGGACCCUGCACUGGUGCUGGAGAACACUCAGAUGGAGAAGUUCUUGCCCUAAGGCAGGCAAAUGAGAAGCUAGGAAGCCGACUGGGGAAAUCCCAUGGAGCUCUUUUCAGCCCUAUCUCUGGAGAAUGUUGGAUAUUAGAGGAAAACUUCUGAGGGUGUUGGCUUCACUGUGCUAUGAAACCAAGCUUUUCCCUGCUUUCAGCAGGGUGGCCCUUCCUAGAUAAGAAGAGUCCUCUGCACAGGAUGGUUUUUGAAUGAAAGUGGAGGCCAGAAACCCCUCAUCUGUGUUUUGAGAAUUCUAGAUGUCAGCAGCUAUUGUACCUUAGAGAGGGACAGGGGAAAAUCAAGGCAGGGUUAACAUUAGCACUGAAAAGCAGCCCCUGCAGGACUGGGCGUGGCUGAGACAGUUCACGGGAGGGGUGCCUGAGUGCCCGUCGCUGACCCUUCUCUCCCGGACUGAUGUGGAAGCAGUGGGAAAGGCUGCAGUGCACACCCCUCCUAAAGUAUGCGGCGGCCCCCUCACGGUCCUCACAGCUCUUCCGCCUCCACACCUGGGGGCCUUCACUUGCCUGGCCAGUUGAUGAAGGGGGUAUCUCUCCUGUUCUUCGAAGAAGUUUUCCCACCGCACAGCACCUAUUUCAGAAAAUCCACCUUUUCUUCCCCUAUCUCUUUGUAAAGGUGCAGACCAUUCCCUCCUGGGGAAGAGAGGGAAGAAAGGAGGAAUCCAUUAAUUUACUACACAGGUGCUCUCCCCACCCCCAUUCCCUAUCUUUCAAGGGAAACUGAGUUGCUCAAACGCAGCUCGUGCAAUUAACUGACUGAGCAGUGCUUGUCCCAAGUUUUCUGGGACUGAAAUGUUUAAGGGAACCUUGGCAGAAAGGGAUCCAGGGGUAGACAGCCCAAAGUUUCACGGCCCCUCCCACCCCCAAAUUCUUGGAAUCAGAAAAUCUAGUCUUCCAAAGUAGGUCAGCACGUCAGUGAGCAGCUCCUCUGGAAGGGAAGGGAGCAGAGGCCUUGUCUUGAUAGAGGGCGGAUUCAGCCAGGGCUGUCGGCUGCUGGGGCCCCAGGGGCACAGGAGGGGAGGGGAGGUGGGGAGACUAUACCAGUACUUUGCCUGGAAUCUGAAAGGGCUCAGGGCCACAGAGCAACACGAGCCUGAGAUCAGACUGUGCAGGGCCCUCUGGCUGCUGGGAAGGGGGAGGCUGUCAGUCCCCAGAUCUGGAGAGCGACCUCCCUCCUGGAGGAGGAAGGAAAGGAGGGAUACGAAAGCCUGAGUUCUGUGGGGGAGGGGCUCUCUGCCGAUCUGAGAGCCUUGAAGCUGCCCGCUGUCCUGGGCCCCAUGACCUCUGAGGCCUUGGCUUCCCCAGCUGGCAGAGGCUUGGGCCUUCCCUGGGGGCCCCCCCUUUCUCCCCCAACCCUGUGGGCCCAUCCAUCUCUCUGUCUCUUGCACACACUCUUGUCUCUCUCAGGCAUUUGUUGUGCAGUUCCUCUUUGUCUGCUGGGCACGAGGGCAACGGCAUCUGCCUCCCUCCCUGUGGACUCCCCAACCCCAGCCCUUCACUGGCUUGAGAAAGGGAUGCUGUAGCCUAGCCCCCGUCACCAGAUAUACAUUCUCUCCAGCCCCCUCCCCAGGCACAUCCAAGCUGUGCUGCUUCUCUCUCUCCCUCUCUCUCCCUCUCUCUCCCUCUCUCUCUCUCUCUCUCUCUCUCUCUCCCUCUCUCCCUCUCUCCCCCUCUCCCCUCUCCCUCUCUCCCUCUCUCCCUCUCUCCCUCUCUCUCUCUCCCUCCCUCUCUCUCUCUCUCCCUCUCUCUCCCUCCCUCUCUCUCUCUCCCUCCUUUUCUCUCUCUCUCUCUCUCUCUCUCACACACACACACACACACACACACACACACACACGCUCACACACACACCCUGGGCUGAGCUCUUGCUGGCUGCAGCCGUGGGCCCCUGCUCACCGUGCCGCUGCCGCUGCCUGCGAAAUGACGGCGGUUCCCCUCACUUCCAGGAAUCCACGCUUCCUGGAAGGUGAGUGGCUGGGCUCACCCCUGCCUGCCACCGAGACGCAGACAUGCACACACCACCCGCACUCCCUCGCCGUUUCCAAGGCGGCGGCCGCGUUCGCACCCCAGGGUCUCACCGGCAAGGGAAGGAUAAUGUAAGUUCAGGCAGAAGGUGACUAGUGGAGGGGGGAAGGGGGGCGCUGGGGCUAGGGAGCCAAUUCAGUAACAGCUCCCAAGCCUGAGGAGAGGGAGAGGACGGGGGCUGUGUGUGUAGCAGGGGAGGGGGCGUUCCUCCUUACACUUGCGGAGGAUGGGAAAUGGUGUUUGGUGUUGCUAAGCGAAGGCUGCGACUUGGACAGUGGGAGCUUGUGGUGACAUCUUGAUUAGGCCUUGGGGACAGAUGUAGAGCUGCCUGGGGUGAAAUGCCAAUGCCGAGACGGGCUGGGGUGGGAAUGGGCAAUAGAAAGAAUCGAGGGAAAGAGAAGCCCUGGCAGCAGAUGCCUCAGCCUGGAACUGAGAUCCGAGGGGCUUCAGCCUCCUCCCCACAAUAGAGCUGGGGAUGGGCGUCUUUCUUUGCUCCUGACCCCACUCUUCCCUGCUAGCAGUCUAGCAUCCUGCCCCCUGGAACCCAUGGUCAAGAAGAGGAAGGUGGUUAGGAUGAGGUCCCUUGCAGAGAAGUGUGGAGGCUCUCGGACCUCACGGCUCUUCCCUAGGUGGCCACUCUUUGAAGGGAUGGAGGAAGGGCAGCAGGAGCGGAGGGCUGCACCCCCUCAACAUGGGAAACACAUUUAGCUGGUGGGAUGUUGCUCUGGUUCCUUUCUCUUCCUCCUGCUUUUAUGCCCUUUGCCCACCUCCUGGUUCCUCUGAUGUGAACCUCAUGAUUUGGCUUUGCCCUCGGGGGGUUCAGCCAAUCUGUGAUGACUUUGACCAAGAAAAUUUCUCUGAGACCUGAGAGCAGCCCUAAUUCUUGGCUUUGACAGUCUGGGAUUUCUUGGGAGUCCCAGGCAUUUGAAAUUCCCUCACUGGGGUUUCUGGGGCUGAGAGAGGAACUGCUGAACUUCCUAAAUCUGACUCUAGUUCUCUUCACCUUCCAGCUAAAACUCAAAAUCCCUGGAGCCCCAAAAGGCUUUCUGACCCCUGAAAUGGAUUUAUUUUAUGUAUUAGCCCCAUAAAAGUAGACUUGAGCCUGUUUUGCCUCUUACCUUUAUCCUAGGGAAGGCAACGGCAUCAAAGAGCCCGUUGAACUACUGGUGUGACUCUGGAGGUAACUGCUCUUCCUCCUGUUCCCAGGUCUUAAGAAGGAGAGCCACAAAGGGUGUUUUUCCCUUAGUGUCCCUAGAUCUCCCUUUAAGGAUAUUUUCCCCAUAUAUCAAGCCCCAGGCCCCAAGAGGCAGCCUCAGCCUGGUAGGCUGGGACUAGCAAUGGAUUUCCAGCAAGCUCACUCAUCCUUUUAGGGUCAAGGACUCAGCGCCAGGGCCCAGAGCCCUGUUCUUCCCCCAUUACUAACAUCCAGUGAUUUAGGACAAGUCAGCACUAACAUUUGAAAAGGAAUGAGAAGAUAACCUUUCAGCCCUUCUAACCUUAGCAAACACUACUCUUAGUUGAAAGGACAUAUUUUAAAACUGGGUCUGAGUCUACAAGUCUCAACCCACAACUCUGAGAUGCUCACUUCACGAUAUGUGUGUGGUCCUGAUAUGGGGCAACUUUUUUUAGAUAACCAUGGCUCAUCCAAAGAGCCCCAGCUGGGGAACCUCAGUUUCAAGCCAUAAGGCUUCUUCGAUAGGUAGUGAACAAAUUUCCUCAGGCUUUGAUGGGAUAGAGUGGGGGAAAUGGGACUUUUAGUAGAGGAUAUGAAUGGGAAAUGGUCCCAAAGUCCUGAGUGGUUGUUUUCUUCCCACUGACCAAAGCUGGAGAGGGAUCCCUCAGGAGGGUGUGUUCCGGAUUUCUUGCCUCAGGCCCAAGACUCCAACCAUUUUAUAAUGGAAUCUUUAUUUUGUGAAAGUAAGUAUGUGCAUAGCUGGGAAAUUGGGUAAAAUACUAAUAGGUGGACUUCAGGGAUGAAUUUUAGGGUUUGUCUCUCUCUCUCUCUCUCUCUGUCUGUCUUCCAUAUUUAGGCCUGUGUGCACACAUCUAUGCAUGUUCAUGUUAGCAGCUAAUGUUGAAGGCUAUGACUAUGUUUCUCCCAAUAGGUAUGUUCUCUUUAUGUGUAUCUACAUAUAUGGUAUGUGUCCGUGUCUGUGUGUGUUUAUCUACAUGCUACAUGUGUUUUAUUUCACCUGUAUAUUUGUGCAGAAGAUUGUGGGGAGGAGGGAUUUUUUUUAAAGAUAUGAUUCGUAUCUUCAGGUGUGUUAUCUGAUUUUUAAAAACAUAUAUGACACUCUUAAAAAGCAUUUUUACAAAGCGAUUUGUGCACAAGUUAAAAUGAAUAUAUUGAGAAUAAACUGAUUAUUUCACUGUCAAGGGAACAUCAAGUAGUAAAUAUGUGAUUGGAAUCAUAGCAGAUGGAGGCUUUCUAGAGUAGCCACAUUUUUGCUGAUUUUAGAAAGUCGAAUGGGCCCAGCUCUUCCCUACUGAAACAGUGACUCCCAAUUAGCUGUACAGGUGUUGGUUAAGGCAUGGGCACUUACUGUUUGUGAUCAGAUUGGGGUUCCACCACUACUUGACCUUAGACAAGUAACAUAGCCUUUUUUGUGCUUCAGUUUCCUCAUCUGUAAAAUUAAGAAAAUAUUGGCACCUACUUCACAGAGUUGUUGUGAAGAUUAAAUGAGAUGAUUCAUUUAAAGUGCAUAGAACAAUUUCUGGCAUGUAGUAAGCACUCAAUUAAUGUUAGCUGCUAUUGUGAAUUCCCUGGCGGUUCUGUGGUUAAGACUCCGCGCUUCCAAUGCAGGGGGCGUGGGUUCACUCCCUGGUCAGGGAAUCAAGAUCCCACAUGCCGUGCGGUGUGGCCAUAAAAUAAAAGAAAAAUAUUUUAAUUAAAAUGUUAGCUACUAUUAUUAUGAUUCCUAUCAUUAUCAUUAGAUUCAGGGACAAUUUCAGCUGCCCUUCCUGCAGAUCCCGAACCUGGUGUCAGGGGCUCCGGAGAGGAACAGUAGGGAAGAACGUCUGUCCUGAACCACCUCCCUCCUGAGGCCCCAUUUUCCUCUCCAUCCCGGCCCGCCCAGCCCCAGCCCUGCUUCCUGUGGACGUCAGGCAAUGAUGCUCUUCCCCUCAGGCCUAGAUGAAGGUAGGGUGGGCAAGGCGCAGCCACUGAGCUCGUGGAAGUCAGCACCGGGCACCCAGGCUGGCGAGGGCACAAGGUAUGGUGCCAGGCAUACAACACUGCCUUGUACAUGGCUACGAGAUCAAUGUUUGUGAAACUUAACUGAACUUUGAAGAGAUUAGGCAAUGGACAGUAAAUGGCUCGCGCUGCAACUUCACCUCCCCUCUUGUUCUCUCCUCCAAGGUAGCGGGGACUCAUCUCUGGAGAAGGAAUUCCUCGGGGCCCCAGUGGGGCCCUCAGUGAGCAGCCCCAACAGCCAGCACUCUUCUCCCAGCCGCUCACUCAGUGCCAACUCCAUCAAGGUGGAGAUGUACAGCGAUGAGGAGUCGAGCAGACUGCUCGGGCCGGAUGAGCGGCUCCUGGAAAAGGACGACAGUGUGAUCGUGGAAGACUCGUUGUCGGAGCCCCUGGGCUACUGUGAUGGAAGCGGGCCAGAGCCUCACUCCCCCGGUGGCAUCCGGCUGCCCAAUGGCAAGCUCAAAUGUGACGUCUGUGGCAUGGUCUGCAUCGGACCCAACGUGCUCAUGGUGCACAAGCGUAGCCACACGGGAGAAAGGCCCUUCCACUGCAACCAGUGCGGUGCCUCCUUCACCCAGAAGGGCAACCUGCUGCGCCACAUCAAGCUGCACUCUGGGGAGAAGCCCUUCAAGUGUCCCUUCUGCAACUACGCCUGCCGCCGGCGUGAUGCGCUCACUGGCCACCUCCGCACACACUCGGUCUCCUCUCCCACGGUGGGCAAGCCCUACAAGUGUAACUACUGCGGCCGGAGCUAUAAACAGCAGAGCACCCUGGAGGAGCACAAGGAGCGGUGCCACAACUACCUACAGAGUCUCAGCACUGAAGCCCAAGCUCUGGCUGGCCAGUCAGGUGAGCCUGCAGGUGAUGAGAUACGGGACCUGGAGAUGGUGCCGGACUCCAUGCUGCACUCAUCCUCUGAGAGGCCAACUUUCAUUGAUCGUCUGGCCAACAGCCUCACCAAACGCAAGCGUUCCACUCCCCAGAAGUUUGUAGGCGAAAAGCAGAUGCGCUUCAGCCUCUCGGACCUCCCCUAUGAUGUGAACUCGGGUGGCUAUGAGAAGGAUGUGGAGUUGGUGGCACACCACGGCCUGGAGCCUGGCUUUGGAGGUUCUCUGGCCUUUGUGGGGGCAGAACAUCUGCGUCCCCUCCGCCUUCCACCUACCAACUGCAUCUCAGAACUCACGCCCGUCAUCAGCUCUGUCUACACUCAGAUGCAGCCCCUCCCUGGUCGACUGGAGCUUCCAGGGUCCCGAGAAGCAGGUGAGGGACCCGAGGAUCUGGCUGAUGGAGGUCCCCUCCUCUACCGGGCCCGAGGCCCCCUGACUGACCCCGGGGCGUCCCCCAGCAAUGGCUGCCAGGACUCCACAGAUACAGAGAGCAACCACGAAGAUCGGGUUGGGGCAGUGGUAUCCCUCCCUCAGGGUCCCCCACCCCAGCCUCCUCCCACCAUUGUGGUGGGCCGGCCCAGUCCUGCCUACGCCAAAGAGGACCCCAAGCCACAGGAGGGGUUACUGCGGGGCACCCCAGGCCCCUCCAAGGAAGUGCUUCGGGUGGUGGGCGAGAGCGGUGAGCCGGUGAAGGCCUUCAAGUGUGAGCACUGCCGCAUUCUCUUCCUGGACCAUGUCAUGUUCACUAUCCACAUGGGCUGCCAUGGCUUCAGAGACCCUUUCGAGUGCAACAUCUGUGGUUACCACAGCCAGGACCGGUACGAAUUCUCUUCCCACAUUGUCCGGGGGGAGCACAAGGUGGGCUAGCGACCAAGCGUCCCCCCUCGGUCCACCACUCCACUGCCCUACCUACAGGAGUCUAGCCCUGUCCCCAACACGUCCCAAGGAGUUGGGUUGUGUAGCCCCGCUACUGGCUACCUGACUUCACACCUGACCCUGACCCCUCCUCACCUGUGCGCCUCCUCUUCCCCGACUGAUCUAAGCAUUGUGAUGAAACAGGUCUUUUGCUUAUGUUUCUCCUUUUUCUCUUCUCCUCUCAUCCCACCAUACUCACUGAGUUAUUUAUUAAUAUAAUUUGUUUUCUUUUGCUUUUUUUUUUUUAACUUAUAUCAGUCACUUACCACACCCCACCUUCCUGCCCACAGUCCCCUUCUGCUUUAGGCCUCAUUUUUCUCUUUGCUCCAGCUUUCUCCAACAGCCCCAGGGGUAGGAAGCUCCUCUUAGUGCUAAGAGACCCUGAGCUUCUUGACUUAAGUCCUCAUCUUUUACAUCAUCUGAUUCUUCAGUUUCGACGGUGAUAGCUCCCUCUGGCCCUGCCUUAGCUCUGUGACAUUAUAUCUCCUCUCUGGGACCCUUCAACCUGGUACUCCAUACCUCUUGUGCCCUCUCACUUUAGGCAGCUUGCACUACUCCUGAUCGAAUGAAGAAAUCCCUCAUUUGGAAGUAGGAGAGGCCGAAGACAUUCUCCCCAGGCACCAUGGGACUGAGGGUCCUCUUGACAUCCCCCUAGGAAUACGAGUUCCCCAAAGCCCACAUUCAGGAUCUGCCUCUAGGAUGUGAUAUCUCUCUCUUCUCUCCUCGAACUGCCCAUCUACUCCGUGGUGGUUUUGCUCUCCUUGGAGUGCCCCAAUUUUAUAUUCUCAGGGGCCAAGGCUAGGUCAGCAGUCCUCUGUCUCUGAAACGUUUGGAGCCACAGGUGCCUAAAUGGGAACCAGGGAAGGGAAUGGGUCAAAAUUCUUCUCUUUCUCUCCCACCUCUCAAACUUCUUCACUCUAGUGACCUUCCUGGGCUCUCAGGGACUUCUGUGGUCCCUGUCCUAUGAGAAACUGGUGAGUUGCUGCCUGAUAACAAGGGGGUACCCUCAGCCCCCCGCGUCACGCUGCCUUCUUCUUCUCCCCCUAGCAGGAUUCACCCUCUCAUUCCCGGGCUCCUGGGCCCUGUUCUUAGGAUCAGUGGCAGGGAGAAAAGGCUGUCUCUUUUCUCUCUCCUAAUUUUCUGUAUAACCAAAAAUUAUCCCAGGAUGAGCAAGGGCAUGUGCCCCUCUCCCCAUUCCACUCUUGUCCCAGCAAGAAUGGGAUGGGCACAACGGAACUGGGGGGUCAUCCUUUACUGCCCCCUCUACACUCAGCUCCCAGAUGUAGGGCAGGAGGGGGCACUCUCCUGGCUACUGCAGAGACCCCUGGCUAUUUGGGUAACCUAGUUAGUGAGAAGGGGGCAGGAGGAGAUACAGCUCCACUGCAAAUGGAGGUCUCUUUCUACAAGAGUUCCCUGCCCAAGGCCACAGCCAUCCCAUUCUCUGCUUCCUUGAGAUUCAAACCAAAGCCUGUUUUUCUAUAUUUAAAGAUAAAAAAAGUAAAAACCAAACACAACACCUCACAAGUUGUAACACUUGGUCCUUCUCUCUCUCUCUCUCUCUCUCUCUCUCUCUCUCUCUCUCUCUCUCCCCCCCCCUCCCCUUUUCUCUUCCCUUCCAUCUUUCUUUCCACAUGUCCUUUCCUUAUUGGCUCUUUUGCCUUCUACUUUUCUCACUCCCUAUCAGGGAUAAUUUAGGGGGAUGGUAAAAGGUUGGCUAAGGAACAGACCCUGGGAAUGGGGCUCUUAAGGGCUCUAAGAGAGUCUGUCUACCUUACCCUAUUAUGGGAAGGGAGACCCUAAAAAACUUCUCUUCUUCCUCCUUUUCUCCCCCACUAUGUGGUCUCCCCAAGAGAACCAGAUUGUCAAGGAGGGGCACCGUGGGUUGACUGUUCCUCCUUGACAAUGUAGCAAUAAACAGAUGCUGCCAAGGGCACAGGAUCGGGGAGUCAUCUGGGAGGAGAGUGGUCUCUGGAGAAGGGGAGAGUCUUCUUGAGAACACCCCAGGGAACUGGCUUCUUGUUUCAGAAUGGCAGCAGAGCUGCGAUUAAUAUCUGGGGUUCCCCUCAACUGUCCUGGUUAUUGAGCCCCAUCCUGUUAGACCUGCCCUCACCACCUCUUCUGCUGCUGUGUAUUUGGUGACACCUCAUAAGGACUAGUCCCUUCUGGGGUAUCAGAGCCUUAGGGUGCCCUAUCCCCUCCCCCAGUCAGUUUUGGCACCUGUAACCUCCUGGAACAUGAAAGACUAUGCUCUGAGGCCAUACUCUGAGCCCAUGAGAGCAGAGACUGGAAGGGCAAGACCAGGUGCUAAGGAGGGGAGAGAAGGGCACUCUGUCUCUCUCCAGACCAUCACUGCACUUUAACCAGGGUCUUAGGUACAAAAUCCUACUUUCCAGAGCCUUCCAGCUCUGGAACCUCAAACAUCCUCAUGUUCUCUCCCAGCAGCCUUUUGCAUAAAAAAAAUAAAUAAAUAAAUAAAGAAAAAGAAAAAAAAAUACAUUGAAACCCACAUGGAGAAAAGAGGUGUUUUCCUUUUAUAUUGAUAUUUAAAAUCAACACCACACAAAAAAAUUUCUAAAUAGACACUUUUCCAGACCUUUGUUUUUUCGUGUCAGUGUCCAAGCUGCAGAUGGGAUUUUGUAAUACUUCCGGCAGCUUCUUUCCUUGUGUACAUAAUAUAUAUAUAAUAUAUAUUUUUAAUCAGAAGUUAUGAAGAACAAAAAGAAAAAAAAAUAAAACACAGAAGCAAGUGCAAUACCACCUCUCUUCUCUCUCUCCCAGGGUUUCAUUUGUAGCCUAUGCUUGGUGUCUCCUUGGACCUUAGCCCUUCACCUCCUCCUUUUCCUCUGGUUCCCCCUUCCCCCGCCCCCUUUUUUUUAGAGUUUUUCUCCUUUCUCAAGGGGAGUUAAACUAGCUUUUGAGACUUAUUGCAAAGCAUUUUGUAUAUGUAAUAUAUUGUAAGUAAAUAUUUGUGUAACGGAGAUAUACUACUGUAAGUUUUGUACUGUACUGGCUGAAGGUCUGUUAUAAAUAAACAUGAGUAAUUUAACACC